AUGGCGUCCUCCCAUGGAAAUGUGUACUCGGCCGAUCAAUUCAUGAAUCCUGGACCAGCCCCGCGGCCACCUGCUGAACGUCCCCGUCUUAACACUGUGCCAUCCAGCCCGAGUGUUGCUACAUCCUUUAACCAAAUGAGCCUUAACUCUCCGAGCACCCCAACUCUAUCUAUUUUCCCAAACACCAGCAGUCUGACACUUUCGCAGACCAAGGGGUCAACAGGCAGCCCUGGCGUUGCUGUUAUCAAAGAGGGCUAUGUACGAUGUAAAGAAGACAAGUUCCUGGCCCAAUGGAAUCAACGGUAUCUUAUUCUACGAGAGUUUCGGCUGGACUUUUUGAAAAACGAGACCGGAAAGUUAAUUAUGUCAAUUAACCUUUCUAACAUCACUGGUGUUACGCGCUCCGAGGACACUAAGAUGGCUUUUGAGAUCACCCGCUUGGCCAAUACGAAGGACGCCAACUCAAAAUCAGCAAUAAUAAACCGCGAUGUUCCUACCAAGACUAUUACCUGCGAAGUUAAAAAUGACGAUGAGAUCUACGAUUGGAUUGACAAGAUUUACGAACGUUGCCCAGGAAUGGGAGGAGUCAGCAAUCCGACUAAUUUCAGCCAUCGAGUCCACGUCGGCUUCGAUCCAAAGACUGGUGCUUUCGUCGGCCUGCCAACGGAAUGGGAAAAGCUUUUGACUGCAUCAGCCAUUACAAAAGAAGAUUACAAGAAGAACCCUCAAGCUGUGAUUGAGGUGCUGGAGUUCUACUCGGACAUCAAGAUGCGCGAACAGAACCCUCAAUACUAUAGUAGUAUGACACCUACUCCACCGGCUUCCAAUUCUGCAUCAAUGCAAAUAGGAAAUGGAAAUGGAAUCGCCCCUCCCCGACCACCUCCUCCAAAUGCGCUCCAAAGAUUGGAUAGUGGGCAGUCCCAACGGUUGAUGAACGACACAAACUCGGCUCAGGCGUCGCGGAAGAAUUCGGAUGCGGACCGCAGCUUUGAAGUCGAUCGUAUGCGGGAAGUUGCUGAACAAGAGCAGCGGCGCCGACUGGAAGAAGAAGCACGACGUAUUCGCGAUGAACAAGAAAGGCGAGAACAAGAAGCCUAUAACGCGUCAAUACCUAAGACUCGGGUGCCAAUCGCAAAACAGGAAUUGGGAGGCUACGGUUCAUCUGAAAGCGACUCAAACGCCAACAGAUACAACCCAAGCCGUCCUGCCCCUCAAGCACCGAACUCAGCUUCUCGUCAACAGCCUCCACCUUUACGACAGAUGACAGCUCAGAGACCGGCCCCGUCACCACCGACGGAUGGGCAGUCUGCUCAGAAGUCAGAUCCUAGACUUCAGCAAUCAGCCCCUCGUGCGCAGAAUGGAACGAAGACAGCCGCGCAAAACUCAGGUCCCCCGCCGUCACGUCUACCUGCGCCUGUUCAGCAAGUUAAACCAUUGAACAUUGCUAACAAGCAAGGUGCUCCUAAAGCUGCGGUUCCAGAGGGCGUUCGUCAAGCCGAGGCCGCUCUUGCGAAGAAGGCCGAACCGCGACAAAAAGAGGUCCGCAUGUCGAGCAUGACUGAGAACGAAGUGAUGGAGAAACUCAAAUCCGUCGUCUCCAAGGAAAACCCCCAGGAGUCGUAUAGCAAGCAGCGUAAGAUUGGGCAAGGUGCUUCUGGAUCUGUAUAUGUGGCUCGCGUCAAGGAAAGUGCCACAUCGCCAGUGGCCAGAGAAAUAUAUCGCACUCAUGGUCCCCGUGGACAAGUUGCUAUUAAACAAAUGGACCUCCGAAGCCAGCCUCGCAAGGAAUUGAUUGUGAACGAAAUUAUUGUCAUGAAGGACAGCCAACAUGCGAAUAUUGUCAAUUUCCUUGACUCCUUUUUGCAGGACCAGAACAAUGAGCUCUGGGUUGUUAUGGAAUUUAUGGAGGGUGGUGCGCUGACCGAUGUGAUUGAUAAUAAUCCAGUCAUUCAAGAAGACCAGAUUUCAACUAUAUGCUUUGAGACUUGCAAGGGUUUGGCUCACCUACACAGUCAAAAUAUUAUCCACCGUGACAUCAAAAGUGACAAUGUCUUGCUUGACCGUGUCGGCAAUGUUAAGAUUACGGACUUUGGCUUCUGCGCGAAGCUGACAGAAUCAAAGAGUAAGCGAGCCACAAUGGUUGGAACCCCUUACUGGAUGGCACCUGAGGUUGUCAAGCAGAAGGAGUACGGACCAAAGGUGGACUGCUGGUCUCUCGGAAUCAUGGCUAUUGAAAUGAUUGAGUCAGAGCCACCUUAUCUCAACGAGGAACCUUUGAAAGCGCUGUAUCUUAUUGCAACUAACGGUACACCUCGACUAAAGAAGCCAGAGAAGCUCAGCAAGGAGUUGAAAUCGUUCUUAAGUGUCUGUCUUUGCGUUGAUGUCCGCAGUCGAGCUACUGCGGAGGAACUAUUGGCACAUGAAUUUUUGAAGAUGGGUUGCAGUCGAGCUAGUCUCGCUGAGCUUCUUCGCUGGAAGAAGAAUGGCGGUCAAUAA